AUGCGCAACCUAUUACAACCACUCACCAAUGCGGAACAAGUUGGGAUGGAAGUAGUUUGCGCAGACAGCGGAGUUUGGCGCAUAUAUCCAACCCUCUCGUCAGCUAUUGCCAAUUACCCUGAGCAAUGUUGGAACGCUUGCUCCAUUGGCUCUUUCUGCCCCGUUUGUCUAGUGCAGCCCAAUUUGCGUGGAGACCUCCAUCAGAACACUCCUCUUUGUGAGAAAAUUCCUACCUUGGAGGCAAUCAAGGAACAUUGUAAGGAAGGUUUGCCAAAUUUUGAAGACUUUGGGUUGCACAAUCAAUGGCCCUGGUGGAAUCAACAUACCUACAUUGACAUUGCAACGAUGCACACGCCCGAUCUACUCCACCAAUGCCAUAAAGGCGUUUUCAAGGACCAUCUAGCAAAAUGGCUACCCAAGAUUAUUGGUAAAAAGGAGCUCAACUUACGAUACAACAAACUCUUGCGGUCAACCGGUCGCAAAGCCAAGGAAAUGAUGAAGGUGUUCUUACCUGUCGCUGCCGAUGCAGGCCCUAAAGUUGUUGAUGCAACACUCGCUCUGCUGAAAUUCAUGUAUCUGGCUCACUCAUCAACUCUCACCAAGACCAAACUUGAGGAAAUGGAUCAACAUUUAGCAACAUUCCACCAAAACAAGGCAAUAUUCAAGCAAUGGCUGAAAACCAAAAGGAAAUUUCAUAAUAUACCAAAGUUCCACCAACUUCAACACUAUACCCACUCAAUUUGCAUGCUCGGCACGCCUUAUGGAUACAACACCAAGGCUCCAGAGAGACUUCACAUCAACCUGACCAAGGCCGGAUUCAACGCCUUGAAUAAGAUUGAUGACACGGAGCUGGAGCAAAUGGCGGAAUAUAUAAUGAGAAUGGAUGCAUUGGCAUUGCAUUGGGCGUACUUAACUUAUAUGGAUAGCCCCAAAGGCAACAAAGAUUUGGACUGGGACAAAAGGGCUGAGUCGAGGGGGGAGACAUGGUGGGAAGAGGGCAAGAUGGGAGAUGAAGAUUAUAUGUUGGACACAUUGGAGGGCGGCACUCAAGAUGAGGACAGAGAAAGCAAGGCUAGCCAGUGUAACUCGGACGAUGAAGAGGGCGAAGACAAUGAGCCAGACAAUUUGGCAGACGGUUGUGUUGUUGACCGGGUCAUCAAAGGCAGGGUCCAAGUGUCAGAUCAGGGCGGGAAUGGAGACAACCUGGAUACCAACGUGGGGAUGGAUUCGGCGCCAAAAUUGUACUAUCCGACUCCGGAGCUUGUUACUGCCAAGGGCCGCCGCAAGGUGCCCUCGACAGUCAACCACUUGGUUAAAGCUCACUGUGCAACAAACCUUGUGCGCGAUAUAUCCACAUUUCUAAAAAAACUGAACCCUACCUGGCCAACAACUAUACUUUCACCGGACGAUACCUUGCACAUCUGGACCGUUAUUUGCUUAUUUCACCCUACUCUCCCAUUCAAGGCCUUAGAGCCACCACAAGUUGACCACGUCCAGGCUUGGCCGACCAAGUUUGACUUGAUAUAG